GGGUCUCAAUAUUGAACUCAAUAUUAAUACCAAUAUUGAAGUUAAGAUUGAUGCCAAUAUUGAAGUUAACAAUGAUACUAAUAUUGAAGCCAACAUUGACUUCAAUAUUGAAACAAAUAUUGAAGCCAAU